ACACACACACACACACGUGUGGACACAGGGGUUAUGGCAGACGUGAAGGUCCUUAAACAGAAGCGAGUCUCCUCAUCAUCCAUAUGUGAAAGUGUGUGUAAGAAGUUAAAGGUGAAUGGAGAACAUGAUGAACUACUACAGGAUGAGGACACGCCCCGUCUCUCUCGCCCUGACGACCAGCUCUGUGACAGGAUCAGUGUGAGGGACGUAUCCGAGCUACUUCAGUACAUUACACUCAGGAAACACCACGAUGUGAAGAAACCCAGUUGGUGCCGUCUCCAUCAGGAGGACAGUGUGAAGCGGGUGCACGUGGUCGUGCUCGAGGGCGUGGCCCAGCUCCACUUCUACACACACUACUCUCAGUUCAAACACCUGCGCUCCAAGUACACUACAAGGUGUACUCUAGCGCCCUCCUCAGGCGCCCUCCUGUCUGGACUGUUCGACUCUGAGCUCUCUGACGGCUCCGCUGCGUCCGGUUCAUCGCUCCACACGGCGCCCCCUGCAGCUGACGUGGGCUGGCACCCGGUGGUCCUGCGCUAUGGUGUAAAGAAGCGAGGGAUGAGCAGCUACCUGCUGACUGAGCAGGAGAGGAUUAAGAAGAACUUCCCUGUGAAAGGUGGGCGGGGCUUCGAGUCGUUCGUCUGCAUGCAGGCUGAUGAUCAUGUGACCGACACCAGUCCUCUGUACGGUCUGGACUGUGAGAUGUGUUUCACAAAGGAGGGUCAAGAGCUGACGCGCGUCGCCGUGGUGACCAGCAGGGGGCAGUGUGUGUUAAACGAGCUGGUGAAACCAUUUAACCCCAUCAUUAACUACUGCACCAGGUUCUCAGGGAUCACUCGCUCCAUGCUGAAGAACGUAACAACGCGACUGCAGGACGUCCAGACCAAACUCCUGGCUCUGCUCCCGCCAGACGCGGUGCUGGUUGGUCACUCCCUCGAAAACGACCUGCGCGUCCUCAGGCUGAUCCACCCGCAUGUCAUUGACACGUCACUGCUCUACCGCAAAGAGUUUGGACAAAGAUUCAAGCUGAAGAUAUUAGCUCAGGUCAUUCUGAAGAGGGAGAUUCAGAGUGAAGAGAGGAGAGGUCAUGACCCAUGUGAGGACGCGCAGGCUGCACUGGACCUCGCAAACUAUUUCAUCACCAAGGGGCCGAGACAGGUGGUUGUUGAUCAUCUCCAGGACCUGUGGGGAGUCGAGGAUUCUCCUGUAGAUGGACCUCUGAUUGGAUCAGUGAGCACACACACUGUAAGGCCCCUCCAGUUUGGCCACGCCCUUCACAAGGCCGGCCUACCAGCUCUAUUUCUUGGCCAAUCAGACGAGUUUAAUGGUGUCUCCUCCAACCAUCUGUGGCGCAGACAUCACUGCAGCUCUGAUAGGGAGAGUGUGUGUGUGUUUCGGCGUGUGUGUCACUCAUACGCUCUCAGUUUGGUCCAGAUCUCAUCACUUAUAGAGGAUCUGAGGAUAAACACAACAGAGCAAACACAAGUGCUGCAGCAGAUGGCACAGAGGUUAAAACUGAUGUGUGUGUUGUUUGUGGGUCCGUUGCCACACAAUUACACAGAGAAGAGUGUACACACACUGCUAAAGCCCUACGGUACACUGCGCUCAGUCAGACUACUGCACAGCACACACACGCUGCAUGCUGUAGUUGAGUUUCAGCAUUUAGAAGGAGCUCAUCUCGCUCUGCGGUCCCUCACCGCUCUCCAAGUACAGGACACCAUAAUAAAGCUGCAGCGUCCAGUCAGUGAGCUGACUCUGGAUCUGGAAGCGUCUCUUGCUGAACUACAGACUGAUAUCCUGAACAGUCACAUGAUCUACGUAAGUGGGUUGUUGAGGCGACACAAUCACCAUGACGACCUCCUGAAGACUGUCAGUGCAUUCGGUCCAGUUUGUGACAUCACACGGGUCAGGAGGUCCGGGAAACGCCCAAGACACACUCGCAUCAAGUUCGUCAGCACUGACAGUGUGUGCUCCGCCCUCCACUCUGGGCUGCAGAUGGGAAACAGGAAGUUAAACAUGUGUCGCGCUCUCACUCCCCCUCACAUGCACACCUGGACACAUACAGUCCCUGUUACCAUGGAAACAGCCGAAGAAGCAGCGGGUUCAGCGGCGGGGGCAGUAAGUGAGGAGGCGGAGCCUGGCGCACUCACCUGUGUACAGGAUGGAGGGAUGCAGUGUGUGAUGCGGGCGAUGGACAGGAACGUGGGGAAAAUGUUCAGAGUGCUGGAGAGACACACACUCAGCGUGGUCAUCCUCCCUGGGAUUAUACGAAACAAGGUGGAAUACCCCGGCCUCUGUUUCCUUCAGGUGAAGCAGGUUUAAGUCAACGGUCUCUGGACCUCGCCUCGCCAUGGAAACCGAAAGUGACCUCAGCGGAAGAAAUGCAUUCCAGUGUUAUGGUCUCCAUAGUGUGUGUGUGUGUGUGUAAGAGAGAGAGAGAGAGAACCAGUUCCAGGUUAUGGUAUCCAUACGAUCUGUC